UCGACAGUGGGAGGAUCUGUAUCUUUGGUGCAGUCCUUCUGGAAUGUGCCAUUUUGCACGAGAACAGAAACUCGAUCUUAGCUCUUUUAAAGCACAAAAGCAAUACUUCCCCACGCCGAAGGAAAUGACUUUCAGUUCUGAAACAGAGAGACAGACAAACAGGGUGCGGCUGCGCGGAGAACGCUGUCUUUUGCCUAAGGCGGGUGUGUGUAGAUAGAUGAAUACAAUUGUCAGCCGGGAAACGAAACCGAGUUUUGCGAUCACGUGACACGUUGGAGGCCGGAGAAGUUUCAUGUUUUUUUGCAAGCUGGAGGGGCGUCGGAGGAAGAUUGUCCUGUAGGAGGUUAAAUAGUGAUACCCUGUGUUUUUACCCACUCAUCUGUGGCCCACAAUCGCAAUGGGUGCUCAGAAGCCUCUCAUUUUGCAUUGGCUAGUGGGUCAUUUGAACGCGGAAACAUAUCCAGGGGUGUCAUGGUUGAACCAAGAACGGACUCGGUUCCGAAUACCAUGGAAGCAUGGAUCACGGCACAGUGUCGGCCCAGAGGAUUUCCAGCUCUUUGAGGGCUGGGCCAUUGCCAGUGGCCGCUAUAUUCCUGGAGCUGGUCAGCGGACUCCCUCUGAAUGGAAAAGAAAUUUCCGCUCUGCCCUGAACCGAAAGCCAGAGAUCAAAAUGGUAGAAGAUAAAAGCACAGAUGCUGAAAAUCCCCACAAAGUGUUUGAAAUCCAGUCUAUGGCAGAUGUAAAUAGCUGUGCUGUGGAGGAAAGAAACACCGUGGCCGAUGAUCUGUCCCCUAUUCAGGUCACAAACCUGGGGGCAUAUGGAGACAGUUCAUCUUCCAGUCAGGACGAAACCCUGGAGAGUCUGCUGAGUUCUCUGGAUCCCUUCAGUCCUGGGGAAGUAUUAGGAGCAGAAAAUCCAUUUUUCGUUGGAGCCUCCCUUCCGCCUUCUGAUUUGAACCUGGCUCCAUUACCAGCACCACCAGCCGACAUAGUGCUGCCAUGGGAGGAGGUCCUAAGAGCUGACAAAUUUGAAACGGAUUUUGAGGUGCGGGCCUAUUAUCGGGGUCGGCUGGUCUUCAACCAGGUGUUCAGUGGCGUGCAGGGCCUCUGUUUCAGGCCGGCUGGCUCUCCUGGCCCUUAUCCUGGUUUGGCAGAUGUGGGGCUGCCAGACCCAUCCACCUUCAACGACAGUUUGCAAGUAACCUUCACAAACCGCCUUCUGCAAGGGCUGCUUCCAGGGGUGCUGCUCCAUGUGGACGGCAUGUCGCUGUGCGGCUCACGCCAAGGCCACUGCAGUGUCUAUUGGAGCCACUCCGAGAUGCCUGCAGCGGACACGCCUUGCGGAGAGUUUCCAAAGAGAGAGUUCGCUCCCCUCUACAACCUGCACCAGUUUGUGCAAGAAUUAAUUGGCUACCUGGAGGGGCAGAAUGGAUCGCCUGAUUAUACCUUGUGGUUAUGCUUUGGGGAGGUCUGGCCUGACACCACGCGCCCCUGGAAGAAAAAACUGAUCAUGGUCCAAGUCAUCCCCAAAGCUUUUGAAAUGCUCUACGACUUGAGCCAGGCAUGUGGAGCGUCAUCGCUACGAGAUGGUGUACCAGACCUGAGGAUAUCAGAUUCACUCCAGGAGUCUCACUUCCUGGCAAAACUGAAAGAAUUUGAAGAGAGGAUGGAGGUGCAGCUAACCCCACAGACUACAGAUCCUCCCCCGUUUCAGACAGAUUCAACCCUCAACUUCAGACAUGCUUGAAUAUGGCCCUCACCUUUCAAGACAGCUGAAAUGCAAUCCCUUUUCUGGUGGGUAGUCACUGUUCCCUUGUAUUUUUCCCCCCAUUGGGACAGCUAGUUCACUCCUGUGGUUUAAAUUACCAUCUUUGUGUACCCAAGACAUUCGGGAUACUAUUUUUCUGCUUCCGAGUUCCUUCUGUUCUUACAAAUACUGUCAACUGCAAUCACAUGAUGGGUGUUAAAACACAAUCUGGAGGUGAACGUGGGGGAGACGAUUUCAUUUCAUGCAAAAUCUCCUCUGCAAGGC